UGUUAACCAUGUACCGUAUUGAUGGAGUUUCGACGCAAGGACGUGUACAUCGUGUCCAGUGGGUAACUGACUACAAGAUCAACUAUAGCGUAGACGGUAUUACCUUUGAUACAGUACAGGACAUCCUCACAUACCCCGCAACUGACAAGGUGUUCGCGGGUAAUAGUGACACUGACACUGUGGUCUACAACGCCUUACCACAACCCAAGGUGUGUCGCUAUGUACGUCUCCUACCUGUGGACUGGUUCUCGAAAAUAGCACUUCGUAUGGAGCUGUAUGGGGAACCUCCAGUCAUGGGUCAGUAA